AUGAAGCUAAGAAUACCGGCCACGCUCCUCGCUCUGGCACUCACCGCGUCCGCCAAACGGCACUACCUUUUCGCGGGGUGUCUAGACGUGGCCCUCCUGCCUGAGGGGUACGACUACGUCUCGGCGACCGGGCUCUCCAUGUCCGAGUGCGACGCUCACCUCGGCGGCUCGCCUGACCCCGAGUCCUUCCCGCACUCAGUCUGGAUCCCCCCUCUCGACGAUGCCCCGUCGCGCUGCUUUGCGCGCAAGUUCCUCGCCGACACCACAGACUGGGGCGACGGCGUGUCCUGCCCACCGACCCAGGCGAGGCUCGGGCUGCACAAGACUGCGUUUCCGGGCUUUCAGAAGCCCCAGGGCAGGCCAGGCGCCAAAACGGCCAUCAUGAAGAAGGACGACGGAGUAUACUGCCCCCAAGGGGGCACGCCGUGCCGCCUGUCCAUGGACGGAGGGUACGGGUACGAGUGUGUCGAUUUCCAGACCUCGUUCAACAACUGCGGCGGGUGUGCGGUGGGCGAGUUUAACGGCAAGGGUAACUGGGCUGCGCGGCUCGGCGUCGAGUGA